AUGAAUAAAGACAGGGUUCUACAUUAUAAACCUUUAAAAUGUUCAAGAAUCAUAUUGGCUUGUUGUGUUUUAAAUAACAUAGUCAUUAAAUAUGGUAUUGUAGACGAUGUGGAUAUCACAGCUUUAGAACAUGAUGACAUCCAAGACCAUGAUGAGAGGAUUAGCACCGAGAGAGAGAGAGAAAUUCUACCACUGAUU